AUGCUAGUGAGCGAUGCAGUGAUUCGAACCGACAGGUCGUACAGGUCACGACUGUUCUCUGAAGCUUUCUUGGCAUCGUGCGGAAAGCAUAUGGUUCUGGCACUCUCUGGAGCAUUUCCUGAGCAGGGGAGCUUUCCCUUGGAAGUCUUCCUUCCAGUGGGCUUGCUUCUGGCCAUGCUGGGCUGCUUCCUGGUCACCCGAGACAACAAAGAUGCAAAAAAUGAUACGAAAUCCGGAGCAAAAUCUGAUGCGAAAUCGGUCCGCGAUACGAAAUCCGGGGCUUCGACGACUUCGAUGUUUGCCCCGAGCGAACCCAAAGCUCGACAGGGGCGGCCGCACGAGUUUCAAGCCUCGGCCAAGUCACAGGGACCGCAGCCAACGUUGAUCAACCUUUGUCCCAACCUGGUGGUACCUGAAAAGGUGGAGUGCACCAUCUUGGUUCCCCAGGUUUCAUCUUUGAAGUCCAGCCGGGUGAUUCCGCUCUGCGACCUGAGUGGUGGCACAAUACUUCAGUUGGAGGUGGUUCGACAUCAGCGAAGCGACGAGACCAGGCUAUUGUUGUUCAGCCCCUCACGGGAGAUCCAGUUUGCCACUUGCCAGAAAGCGACUGUUCAAGGUAGCAGAGGCUUCAGUCUUCACGGCCAGGACGCUUCGCGUCAAGCUCUCCUGCGGGGAGUGGAAGGGGGUUGCCUGCUGACGUCACAGCAAAGGGGAAGCAUCCGUUUCCGCAUCAGUUCACCAGGAAGUAUCAAUGCGUCCGACGAUGACGGGCAACUUCUGGCAUACUCCGACCCAGCUUCGGCUGAUGCCCAAGGUCUGCCGCGGCUGACUUUGAAGGUUGGACCGAAGGUUGAUGCAGGUCUGAUGGCAUUGUGCUACGUGGCCAUCGGGCUUUUGAAUGAUGAAAAAUCAAGCAAAACUGGUUGCUGA